GCAGAAUUCCCAGUGCGUUUCUUUUUACGCUAUUUUAAAGAAAACUUUUCAUCACUUUUCAUUCGUCUAAUCGCCUUCAUCUUGGUAUCGUAGAGUGAUACGUACACAGAUAUAAAGGUUUAGUACUUUACGAAGAUGGCAGAUUCCGACGAUGAAUACGAUAGAAAAAGGCGUGAUAAAUUUAGAGGUGAGAGAACUGAGUCAUAUUCACGAGAACGCAGAGAUGAUCGUAGGCGUGAUGACUGGGUCGAUAGUUAUACUGAUAGUGAUUCUUAUAGAGAAUGGUCCAGUCGUCCUAGGCAACGUCCAGAUUAUCGAGAAUAUCGAGGUGGUGGAAGUGGAGGUCGUGAUCGUUACAGUCCUGCGAGAUCUCAAGAUAUGGGACCACCUAUGAAGAGAAUGCGAUUUGAAUGGGAUGAUAGGCCAAGAUAUGGACAUGAUUAUUAUGGCGGAAGCGGUGGUGGCGGUGGUGCUGGUGGAGGUGGUGGUGGUGGUGGAGGUGGAGGUGGAGGUGGAGGUGGGAAUUCUUGGAGCCCAGAUAAUUAUGCUUCUCCUCACCAUGGCAACCAUCACUAUGGCAACCAUAAUAAUAGUAGCAGUCGAGAAGUUGCAGGAAAUUUCAGUAAUUCAAAUAUUGAAACCCAGCCACCCAUGAUGUCAUUCAAAGCAUUCCUUGGUACUCAAGAAGAUACUAUUACUGACGAGGAGGCGAUUAAACGCUACAACGAGUACAAAUUGGAAUUUAGGAGGCAACAGCUCAAUGAAUUUUUUGUCGCCCAUAAAGACGAAGAAUGGUUCAAAAUAAAAUACCAUCCUGAGGAAUCAGUGAAAAGGAAAGAAGAGCAAGUAUCAGCGCUUAAGAAACGCGUGGAAAUUUUUUUGGAGUUGCUAAAGUCAGGAGACAUAGACAAGGUGUCCGUUGAUGCCGAUCAAGCAGAUUCAUUGCUACAUCUUUUAGAUGCAGUGGUUAUUAAACUAGAGGGUGGAACAGAGGAAGAUUUACAGAUUUUAAAUGUGAAACUAUUUAAGCCUAUGACUAAAGAUGUUCUGAAAGAAAAGGAAGAUCACAAGAGAAAAUCUUCUACAGAGAAGAAAUCUGAAAAUAGCGAGGAAAACAAGUUGGACGACUCACAACACGACGAGAAAGAUCUGAAAGAUGACCAAAAUGCUAAUAUGGAAGUCGAAAACAUAAUAACAGACGAAAAUGUAGUAUCUGACUCUAACAAAAUCAAGGAAAACGAAGACGAAGAAAGUAAAAAUGUAGAAGAAACUGCUGAUAAUGAUAAACCUCCGGAAAAAUCGGAGAAAUCAAGAAAGCGUAAACGUACCGACAGCAAUAGUAGCAGCAGUAGUAGCAACAGCAGUAGUUCCUCUGGUAGUGACAGUAAUAAACUGGAUACACCGAAAGUAGAAAUGCCUGCCAACGAGAAAAUAGAAGCUACUAAUGAAGAUGCCGAUGAAAAAGACGUUAAAGUAGAGAAACAGGAAGUUAAAACAGAAGUGGAAGCAAAAAAUAAUAAAAAGUCUACAAUUGAACCAGAAGCAGUAAUCGAUUUAGCUAGUGAAGAUAAAGAGAAAGAACCUAGAGCUUUGCACAAAACCAGUAGCAUAUUUCUACGUAACUUGGCGCCGACCAUUACUAAGGCAGAAGUCGAAGCUAUGUGCAAGCGAUUUCCUGGAUUCUUACGUGUGGCUAUAGCAGAUCCACAGCCGGAAAGACGAUGGUUCCGUCGUGGCUGGGUUUCGUUCGAACGUCAAGUGAACAUCAAAGAAAUCUGCUGGAGUUUAAACAACAUUCGACUACGUGAUUGUGAGCUUGGUGCAAUAGUAAACAGAGAUCUGUCACGACGUAUUCGAUCAGUGAAUGGUUUAACAUCUCAUAAGCAAAUAGUCAGACAUGAUAUUAAACUUAGUGCCAAAAUUGUUCACAAUUUGGAUAAUAAAGUGGGACUAUGGAAAGAAGAAAAGAAAGAUGAAAGCACAAUAAAACAGGAAGACGACAAAGAAAAUAAGACCACUCAGAGUAGCAACGAGGUUGAGCAAGCUGCUUUCGGAUUGUCAUCUAAAAAUCCAGUACUGAAAAACAUAACAGACUACUUAAUAGAAGAAGCUUCAGCUGAAGAAGAAGAAUUACUAGGUAUGUCAGGUGAACAAGAGGAAGGUCAGUUAGGCGGCGAUGGAGAUAGUUCAAUCGAGAGAGAUCCAAUUCUAAUCAAGGUAUUAGACAGAUUAGUGCUAUACUUGCGAGUUGUUCAUUCCGUUGAUUAUUACAAUCACUGCGAGUAUCCAAACGAGGACGAGAUGCCAAAUAGAUGCGGAAUAAUGCAUGUUAGAGGAUGUCCACCCACCGCCAAGGUCUCAAGUGCAGAAUUAUUGGAAUAUUGUCGCAACUUUGAAAGCAAAAUGUCUGCUUUUCUACAACCAGUUGCUACUUUAUCUAAUGAAGAUUUCGAGAAAUUAGGCGCGAAAAAUGCUGAAGCUGAAGUCGAAAAGUUUGUUCAAGCCAACACCCAAGAAUUGUCGAAAGACAAAUGGUUGUGCCCUCUUAGCGGAAAAAAAUUUAAAGGACCUGAUUUUAUCCGUAAACAUAUCUUCAACAAGCAUUCUGAGAAAGUUGCCGAAGUGAAAGCGGAAGCUGAGUACUUCAACAAUUAUUUAAAAGAUCCAAAAAGGCCUCAGCUUCCUGAGCAUCCUGGCAACAAGGCUCCGUUAAGAGAAGGAUCACGGGACAAUUUUGCGCCAUAUGGUUGCAGUUCGUACUCAACGCAAACAUCCACAAAUAUUUCUAGAUUCGGAAGUUACAGUAGUGGUUUUGGCGGUAACAGAAGCAAUUAUGGUUCUGGUUAUGGUGGCGGAUUUGGAUUUAGUGCUCCACGUUCUAAUCGUGGCGGAUUUAAUCGAGGACGAGCCGCUCCGGAUACUACAUCAAGACCUGUUGUUAGUUAUAAUGACUUGGACCAGCCGGACAUGGACUUGUUUUAAGUUUUGUCAAAAUCUCGCGAAUAAUUUCACCACGAGAUUAAACCAAUUAUAAAAACGCUAAUACCAUUUCUAUGUACUUGAUUAGGUAACACACCAUUUAAGAAAAAGAAAAAACUAAUGCAAUCGAAAAAUUAUACUACAAA